UUGAAUGUUACCCCAAAUUGACAUAAAUACACCCUACGGUCCCUUUGUGUCGCCGGCCCCUCUUGCCCCUCGCGCGGCUCCUUCCUGUCUCCUCUGAAACACAGUUUCACUGCCUUUCAAAUUCCUGGUUGAUUACGUAUCUAUAGACUAUACGGGGACAAAUUGGCGUAUACAUUUGGAGAAAUUGUUUCUUUUCCCUUUUCCGAAGGGUGGGCUAGAAAGCCCUAAUUUUCCAUAUCUGGCUAUUGGGAUUUAGGGUUCUUGAGCACUUGGAAAACUAUAUAGAAGACGGGUUUUAGUGUUUUUAGUCUCCAGGGCCCGGGAAGGAUAGUUUCGGAGCUGAUAAGUGUAUGCGCAUGUCAAAUUUUCUGCACUUGCAGGCGUGUUAGGGUGUAGAUUCUGGGAAUUUGGCGUGCAGGGCAGCUGUGGUGGAUUUUGCGAUGGACGGGAGGAGAAUAACGGCGAGUCCGAGGCCGUGCAGCGGGCGGCGAGUGGUGGCUAAGAAGCGGCCGCGUAAUGGCAUGGAUGGGUUCGUGAAUAGCGUCAAGAAGCUUCAAAGGCGGGAGAUCUCUUCGAAGCGUGACCGGGCUUUUAGUAUGAGCGAUGCCCAAGAGCGAUUUCGGAACAUUCGAUUGCAGGAGGAAUAUGAUACUCAUGAUCCUAAAGGACAUUGUUCCAUGGUACUUCCAUUUCUGAAGAAAAGAUCCAAGAUUAUUGAAAUAGUUGCUGCACGUGAUAUUGUCUUUGCUCUUGCACAUUCUGGUGUCUGUGCAGCAUUUAGCCGUGAGACCAAUAAGAGGAUAUGUUUUCUGAAUGUCAGCCCGGAUGAAGUGAUACGGAGUUUGUUCUAUAAUAAAAACAAUGAUUCUCUCAUCACUGUUUCAGUUUAUGCUUCAGAUAAUUUUAGCUCUUUGAAGUGCCGGACCACGAGAAUUGAAUACAUAAGAAGAGGUAAACCGGAUGCUGGAUUUGCUCUUUUUGAGUCCGAGUCGUUAAAAUGGCCUGGUUUUGUGGAGUUUGAUGAUGUAAAUGGGAAAGUACUCACUUACUCUGCCCAGGAUAGCAUAUACAAGGUGUUUGACCUGAAGAAUUAUACGAUGUUAUACUCUAUAUCGGAUAAAAAUGUUGAAGAGAUUAAAAUCAGUCCAGGAAUUAUGCUGUUGAUAUUUACCAAAGCUAGUGCCUAUGUUCCCCUAAAGAUUCUUUCUAUUGAGGAUGGGACUGUUCUCAAAUCGUUCAACCAUCUGCUUCAUCGUAAUAAGAAGGUCGACUUCAUUGAACAGUUCAAUGAAAAGCUACUUGUCAAGCAAGAAAACGAGAAUCUUCAGAUUCUUGACGUCCGCAAUUCUGAACUGACGGAAGUCAGUAGGACCGAGUUCAUGACACCAUCGGCUUUCAUAUUUCUGUACGAGAACCAGCUAUUCUUGACGUUCAGAAACAGAACAGUUGCCGUUUGGAACUUCCGUGGGGAGCUCGUAACUUCAUUUGAGGAUCACCUUUUGUGGCAUCCAGACUGCAAUACUAACAACAUUUACAUUACUAGUGACCAGGACCUAAUCAUCUCCUACUGCAAAGCUGAUUCUGAUGAUCCUCUGUCAGAAGGAAAUGCUGGUUCUAUCAAUAUCAGCAAUAUUUUGACGGGGAAAUGCCUAGCCAAAAUAAAAGCAACCAAUGCUAUUACCACAAGUAAUUGCAAUUGCAGUGCCGAUUGUGGUGGCAGAAGUUGCAGAUCUAAGCGAGUCCAAGUAUCUAGAAUUAGGAGCAGCGUAGCGGAAGCCCUGGAUGAUAUCACAGCUCUCUACUACGAUGAAGAGCGCAAUGAGAUCUAUACCGGAAAUAGGCUUGGACUGGUCCAUGUGUGGUCUAACUAAAACUCGUUUCACCUCUGCUUUGACUGAUGAAUUCAAAAUGCUUCCUUGUCACGAGAGGACAUGUACCAUUACACAUUGAAACACCGAAGUGGAAGUGGCUACCCCCAUAUUUCGGCUUUCGGGUAUACAAGACAAACGACCUAUGUUUUCAUUUGCAUCAUCUAUAUUUAUAUUUUAGGUUUAUGUCUGUAGAUAAUUUGGUUUCUUGGGGGUAUAUGCCCCCUUCACUCCAAAAUGAGACAUAGAUGAUUUCUGGUGUUGUUAGAUGUGUUGCUUCUGUAACUUUUAGUCUAUGGACAUUAUUAUGUGUAAUGUGUUGUAGUGAAACUGAAAUUUCAGUGUAUUCAAAUGGUUUUAAGCCUAUAAAAUUCAUUUCUUGUGCCA